CGUUCCCGUUGAGGCCACCGGAAGUCUCCAACCGCGUGCUGCCCGACCACUUCCGCCUCCCCGCCAGGCUCACGCCACCCGCUGGCGUCCUUCCCCACCCCUCCUCCUGCGCCCGCAGAUCGCAAAGCGCGGUAGUUUGCACUGUCGUGUUAGGGAGGGGUGUUGCGGGAAGAGUUAUCGUCCAGUUACAUACUAAUUAAUAUGUACAAGGUGAAGCCGUUCUACAGCUCGGCGCCGCUGGAGGAUCUGCCAGGCUGCAUGUACCGUCUCCCGGGCGUCCACGCCGCCCCCCCCGGGGUCGCCGCUGCCGCUGCCUCGCAGGGGGAGGAUGCCACCCUGCUGGAGCUGGAGCAGCGGCAGGAGGCGAUGCUGCGCCGGCUACACAAGUUGCGGGACGAGGUGGAUGAUCUGGCGCGAGCCGUGCUAGUGCCCAGCGGGCCCCAGAGCUCAGCCCCUGCAGCCGGUGCAAGCUCCUCGCCGCAGCUUCGCUCGUGCCCUGCUCACCACCAACACGUUGGGCAGCUCGACACUAUCCUUGGCAUGGGCGGUGGCGUCGUGCACGACAUUGUGGUGGUCGCCAGCCCCGCGCGGCCGCCCCUGUCCGUGAUCGUGCUGCACGAGCUGCUGCGCCACCGCUACCGCGUGCUGACCGCUGUACACGUCCACUCCAACGUCACCGCACCCGUGCCUCCUGCCCUGCGGCUCUGCCUGGGGCCGCCCAGCGCCAACGACUCCCGCAGCGACCACCAGCUCGUGCUCACCAUCAUCUGGAAAGAUGUACCACGGCCCGAGCUGCGCGUGGACGUCACUCACGCGUGCCCCGUCCUGGGCGAAGGCAACGUCGCUCGCUUCCUGUGGGCGCUGGCAGGCGCCACCCGGAGCGACCCGGUCGCACGCACGCAGGAUGAUGCCUGGGUGGACGUGGCCAUGCUGCAGCUGCUGCCCGCGGGCCCCAAGGAACGGGCGUCUGUGCUCAAGGUCCUCAACGCCGAGCUGGGCCGGCCUGGCCGCCCCUGGCUGGGCGGCGCCGAAUUUUCGCUCGCCGACAUCGUCAUGUGGAGCGCCCUGGCGCAGUCGGGAGGGCCCGCAGCCGUGGGGGUGCCCCCGCACGUGGCGCACUGGCGCCUGGUAUGCGAGGCACACCCUACCUUCCAGACGGCGAAGGGCCUGCUCUAGCGGGGGGGGGGCCAUGGAGGGCUCCGUUCCCCUACCCCCAUGACGCCCCCCCCACGAUCCGUGGUGCAGAGCUCCUGUCGUGGAACUGCAUCGGUGCGAUGCCACUCCAACUCCACCUCCCCUGCCCCCCACCCCUCCACUACCACCGUUCCUGUCCCACUCCUGUCUGCAAUUUUCAUGACGGAUUCUCUGUGGGAGUUAAAAUGCGCUUCUGCUCGUUCGUGGCUUGCCGCUGCAUUUCCCCCCUUGCACGUUCAAUGCAUGGUCAUUGUGCAAGCGAGUGUCGUUCGAGAGUCUGAAAUGUUUGUUUAAAAGAAAUAAAAUUAUAUUUAAAAAUAAAAUCGCAACAAAAUGACUCGA